AUGGGAUUUAAUUGUCUUUCAAGCAUAUUUUCAGUUUGCAUAACUAAAAAGAAAACAAAAAGGGAUAUUAAAAGAAAUGAAGACGACAAGUCUUCAGACUUUACUGUAAUUAGCAACAAUAAAGAAGAUUUAAGUGAUGAUAUAAUUGACGCAUAUAGUAAAACUACAAAAAAAGAUGUUAAUAAAAAAAAGAAAUCUGGAGACAAAAGUUUAUCUAAAUUAAGACAAAAUUUAGAACAUAAACAACUAGAUAACUUAGAAAAAUCAUUAGAGUCUUUAUCAUUUUCAGACUACGAAGAAAAGUUUAGAAAAAAAAAUAAAGAAAAAUCAUCUUCAAAAACCAGCAAAAAAAAGAAAGAAGAAAAAAAGAAGAAAAAGGGGAAAAAAGAGAUAAUACUUAGUCAAUCAUCUGAAGAUUUUGAGUCAGAAGAGAAUAAAAAAAGAAUAAAUUCUAAAAAUAAAACAAAAAAAAGUGCUAAAAACAGAACAUUUUUGAGCAAAGAUGAUCUAGAGAGCAUAAAAAAGCGAUCUUUAGAUUUUGAUUCUGAAAGUGAAAUUUGUUUUUUGGUUAAUGAAGCACAGCAACAAAAAUUUAAUAAAAGUCUUUAUAAAAAAAUGAAAGCAUAUUUGAUUAAUAAAGAAAUGUCAAAAAAAACAAAGUAA